AUGCGCGUGCAUCACGCCCAUCCAUCGCUUCUCUGCUUCACUUCACUGCCUGCUGCUUCCGCUUGCUUCACCCCGCUUUUCUUCGCACGCCUGGCUCGGCUUUACAACAGUGCAGGCGGGCGCGUCCAGUGUGGGCAGUAG